UUUUGAGCACCUCGAGUGUGUGGAGGAUAAGCAGCAAACACUUUGGUGUGGAAUGUGAAUAUAGUUACCGUACUUCUUCUCGAAUAGGCAAAGUGCGUAUAAAGGCAAGCGAACCUUUCCAGAACAUUUAUGUUUGAAGGUCGGAACAUCUGCUUUACAGCUAACAAAUUCCUCAGCCGAGUGGAGAUGUGCCUGGACAGAUCUCUGCGGAGUGGUGGAGUUAUGUUUACAGGGCUAAUUGGAACGCUAGCAGUGGACUCUUGACACCUUUUCUGUAGUUGACCAGCAUUUUCAAGCGGCGUUACAGUGAGAGCAUGUCCAGCUCAAGCUUUUCCAUGCCUAACUUUCUUAAUGGAUACAGUCUGCACCGGUUACAAAGCUGUAGAACGGGUAACAGGAAGAGUCUUAUAGGAAGUGGACAGUCAUCAGGCCUUCCUCGGCCACACUCUCCCUUUUCGUCACACACAGGCACGAGUCCUCAGGACAGCCCUAGAAACUUCUCCCCCAGUGCCUCAGCCCACUUCUCCUUCGCUCGCAGGACCGACGGACGCCGCUGGUCUUUGGCAUCCCUUCCUUCAUCUGGAUAUGGAACCAACACCCCCAGUUCCACCCUUUCUUCGUCCUGUUCAUCACAGGAGAAGCUUCAUCAGCUGCCCUUCCAGCCCACUGCCGACGAGCUCCACUUCCUGUCCAAGCACUUCUGCACUGAGAGCAUUGCUGGCGAUGACCACCGCAGGGCCAUGCCCAUGCGCCCGCGCUCACGCAGCCUUAGCCCUGGAAGAUCUCCAUCGUGCUGCGACCACGAGAUUAUUAUGAUGAAUCAUGUGUACAAAGAACGCUUUCCUAAGGCCACGGCACAGAUGGAGGAAAGGAUUCAGGAGAUCAUCAGCAACAGCUCCCCGGAGAACGUGCUGCCUCUGGCGGACGGAGUGCUCAGCUUCGCCCAUCACCAGAUCAUUGAGCUGGCACGCGACUGUCUGGAAAAAUCUCGCCUCGGCCUCAUCACUUCUCGCUACUUCUGCGAGCUCACCGACAAACUCGAGCGACUUUAUCAAGAAUCCACUGAGAGAUCGGAGAGUGCUGAGGUGACUUUCAUUAAGGACCUGGUGAAGAAGAUCCUUAUUGUCAUUGCCAGACCAGCACGCCUUCUGGAGUGUCUCGAGUUUGAUCCAGAGGAGUUCUACCACCUCUUGGAGGCGGCUGAGGGUCACGCCAAAGAGGGGCAAGGCAUCAAGACCGACAUUCCACGCUACAUUAUCAGCCAACUCGGUCUGACUCGGGACCCUUUGGAAGAAAUAGCCCAGUUAACCAGCUACGACAGUGGAAUUGCAGAAACUCCUGAUACCGAUGAUUCUGUGAGUUCACAGGGUCCAAGCGCACCACAGCGUCCCCGCCGUAAACCCUGCGAGAUAGACUUCGAGAUGAUCAAACUGAUCAGUAACGGAGCUUACGGCGCUGUGUAUCUGGUGCGGCACAAGGAGACCAAUCAGCGCUUCGCGAUGAAGAAGAUCAACAAGCAGAACCUAAUGCUGAGGAACCAGAUCCAGCAGGCUUUUGUCGAGAGGGACAUCCUGACCUUCGCCGAGAACCCGUUCGUGGUCAGCAUGUACUGUUCUUUUGAGACACGCAGACACCUGUGCAUGGUCAUGGAGUACGUUGAAGGUGGAGACUGCGCCACUUUGCUGAAGAACAUGGGUCCUUUGCCAGUGGACAUGGCCAGAAUGUACUUUGCAGAGACGGUCCUCGCUUUGGAAUACCUCCAUAACUAUGGCAUCGUUCACCGAGACCUGAAACCAGACAAUUUGCUGGUCACCUUAAUGGGACACAUCAAGCUGACUGACUUCGGCUUGUCCAAGGUGGGCCUGAUGAACAUGACUACGAACCUCUAUGAAGGCCACAUCGAGAAGGAUGCUAGAGAGUUCUUAGAUAAACAGGUGUGUGGUACCCCUGAAUACAUCGCCCCGGAGGUCAUCCUGAGGCAGGGCUACGGGAAGCCUGUGGAUUGGUGGGCGAUGGGGAUCAUUCUGUACGAGUUCCUGGUAGGAUGUGUGCCUUUCUUCGGAGACACUCCCGAAGAGCUGUUUGGUCAGGUGAUUAGCGACGAGAUAAACUGGCCUGAAGGAGAGGACGCACCUCCGGCUGACUCUCAGGAACUCAUCACACUGCUGCUCAGGCAGAACCCACUGGAGCGCCUGGGAACUGCAGGAGGAGCCUAUGAGGUCAAGCAGCACCAGUUCUUCCACAGUCUGGACUGGAACAGUCUGCUCAGACAGAAGGCCGAGUUUAUUCCCCAGCUUGAGUCCGAGGAUGACACCAGCUACUUUGACACCCGAUCUGAAAGAUACCAUCACCUGGAAACUGAGGAGGAAGAGGACACAAAUGACGAAGACUUCAAUGUGGAUCUGCGGCAGUUUUCCUCUUCCUCACACCGGUUCUCUAAAGUAUACAGCAGCCUGGAUCUGUCACGUGGUCAGCUGGAGGAAAAGGGUGAACAACCGGAGAAGAAGAGUGAGAGUCCCAUCACUGUCGACUCGCUCAGUUGGACUCCAGACUUCACUGAAAUACCAUCCCUGUCCCACUCGUCUGACGUGGAGAGCACCAGCACAGGCCGACACUCAGGACUCCUGCCUAAGUUUGCCAUUUCAGCCGAGGUGGAGAGCUGUGACAGUUCGUUGUCCCUAGACAAGCCCGGUAAAGUGGCCUUUUCGGUCGGAGAGCUUCAUCAGGACGAGCCUGAUGCCACCACUCCCUCCAGCCCAGUCAGCAAUGCCACCCUGUCAGGCAGUUUCUCGGAACACCUGGACCAGCUGAUAUCACGGCCAGAGGGAGUUGACAGUUCAGACACUGCCAGAAAACCAUCCACUGAGCCAGUCAGCCACUUGACCUCCCCGAGACCACAGACAUCCAUCCCUAAAUCAUCAUCCACCAGCGCUCUGUCUCUUAUGAUCCCUCCAGAUGUUUUCGGCACGUCCCCGCUGGCCAGUCCCAUGUCUUCACACUCGCUGUCAUCAAACCCCUCGUCCAGGGAUUCCUCCCCCAGUCGAGACUCCUCCCUCUCUGCAGCCAGCUCACGCCAGCCAAUCAUCAUUCACAGUUCAGGGAAGAAGUUUGGCUUCACACUCCGAGCUAUUCGAGUCUACGCUUGUGACAGUGACGUUUAUACUGUCUAUCACAUGGUCUGGAAUGUGGAGGACAACGGACCCGCUCAAAAGGCUGGGCUCAAAGCUGGAGACUUGAUCACUCAUGUGAAUGGGGAAGCAGUUCAUGGACUGGUCCAUACUGAGGUUGUAGAACUGUUACUGAAGAGCGGAAGCAAGGUUGCGAUAUCAACUACUCCUUUCGAGAAUACUUCAAUCAAAACUGGUCCAGCUAGAAGGAAUAGUUAUAGAAGCAAAAUGAUAAGGAGAACCAAGAAGCCCAAGAAAGAGAAGACGCAAGAAAGACGACGGUCAGUAUUCAGACGCUUUGCUAUGCAGCCUUCUCCACUGCUCCACACCAGCCGCAGCUUUACCUCCUUAAACCGAUCACUGUCUUCUGGGGAGAGUCUGCCAGGAUCCCCCACACACAGCCUGUCACCUCACUCCCCCACUACCUCCUUCCGGCCCACACCAGACUUCAAUCAGUCAGGUGGCACAUCCUCUCAGAGCAGUUCCCCCAGCUCCAGUGCACCAAAUUCCCCUGCUGGCUCUGGCCAUGUUCGUCCUAACACUUUGCACGGUUUGGGCCCCAAGUUGCCCGGACAGCGGCUUCGUCAAAGCCGCCGUAAAUCAGCAGGAAGCAUCCCGCUGUCCCCUCUGGCCCGAACACCUUCCCCAACCCCUCAGCCCACUUCCCCCCAGCGAUCUCCCUCACCAUUACUCACUCACUCAUUAGGAAGCUCCAAAACUACUCAGACCUUCUCAGCCAAGAUGCACUCACCCCCUACAAUCGUCAGGCACAUGGUGCGCCCCAAAAGCGCCGAACCCCCUCGGUCCCCUCUCCUUAAGAGGGUUCAGUCAGAGGAAAAACUCUCGCCAUCCUACACAGGGGACAAAAAGCACCUCUGCUCCCGGAAACACAGUCUAGAGGUGACCCAAGAGGAAGUUCAGGCUGGGGUUGCAUCUGGAGGCGAGCACACACUUCAGUGUGUGGAGGAGAGUUCUUGUGAACUUCACGCCAUCACCCGAGUAAGGCCUGCCGAGCAAGGCUGCCUAAAGCGGCCCGUGACUCGUAAGGUUGGUCGCCAAGAAAUGGUGGAGGAUCUUGAUAAGGAGAAACUGAAAGCCAAAGUGGUAGCAAAAAGACAGGACUGGCAUGAGAGGCGAGAAUCUCUGCAAAAGCAAGAUGCUAUUCAGGAGUCUGAAUCUAGCCCAAGCGCCAAUGGGUGUUGCUCUGUCGAAAACAAAGCUGCCAGUGCUACAGUCAAAGAUGUUCUGUAUAAAAAACUGAACACGAGAGCAUGCGAGCAUUGCAGACUCCAUGAGCAACACUGGGGACCCUGUCUCAUUGUUAAAUGAGGGAAUAAGGUCAGCCCCAUCCCAGUCAGACAGACAGCUGGCUUGGCAGAUUAAAGAGAGCAGUAAACAAGACAGACUUGAUUUCAAAACUCCUAAUAUGGAAUUUGCACGAAAAAGGCAAUCCUUUGAGGAGCGUGAGGACUGUAUGUGUCGAAUAACCCCUGGUCUCCAUGAAAGCCUUCACUUUAAUACCACAAGGUCAAAAAGCCUACAGCUGGAUUCUGCUGGAAUUUCCACUUCUGGAAUUAGCACUGAUUCCUUGAGCCCUAAGUUAUUUAGUCCACGAGGGGAGAGCGCCGUAGAAAAGCUUCAGAUUAUCUCAUCUACAGAGGGGUCCAUCAGAAAAACUUCAUCUGAAUACAAAUUGGAGGCACGACUUGUGUCUUCCCUAAAACCAUUGAAGGGCACACUGGACAUAGGACUUCUCUCUGGCCCCCGGAUCUCCAAAACCGAUUCAUGUCUCUCAAAAAUAGCCAACAGCCAAACUGAUGGUGGUCUGAGCCCAACUCUGCAAACCUCGAGUGAAAAGCAGCACCAGAUGCCCACAAAUAAACAGAUUCAGACUGCUACUGAGACGGAAACUCUUGGUGCUUCAAGCAGCAAAAAUGCAGGAAAAGAAGAACCCACAUGCAGUCGAGACAGUCUUGUUUGUUCAGUUAGCCAUGAAGGCAAUCCUGACAAAAAUAUGCAGGGUGAAGAGAUCAGAUUACAGGCCGUAUCCAGUAAAAUCGAGCCGAUAGAUUUGUCAGCAGGUGGAAAACCAGAGACUAAGUUGAAAGCAGUUCAGGAGAUGAGGCCUGCGCGACAUUGUACUCAUUUCGCUUGUGGAAAAACGCCCUCGAUACGGGAGGUCAGCAACGAAGAUCAAGAUGAUGAGAUGGAAAAUCCAGAGGAAAAAUCUACUUUUCAAAACAACACUGUAGAGACAAAGACACAACUGACCUGUGACCGGGUCAUCAUGCAAAACCCAUCCAUUUCCUCAGAUGUGUAUGGAGUUGAUAAACAUGUGAGUGAGAUUUUUGACAGAGCACAGAACUUGGAGGAGGCCAUUGUAAAUAACAGCCAUCUGAUCAUAGAGAAAGAUAAAGCGUUGAAUACACUGGGCUUAAAUGUGGUUCCACAGGAGGUUCAUCACUGUAAAACUGUUCAACAGUGGCUUCAGCACUAUAUUUGCCUCCAAAACCAGAUAGGACAUUAAGUGCACAGAAGUCAGAUUUGGAUUCAACCGGUGGCAUUGGGGUGAGUGAGCAGAAGAAACCAGAAAGCAUAGCUCAAAAUGUACCCAAGAUUUCAGAGAAGAUACAUGAACAGACCUCAAUAAAUAGCACUCCAGUGUUAAACGUGAAAGAACAGAUGCACUCAGAGGGCUUAGACAAAGCAAAUGUAUCUGUUCCACAUAGUUCAGCUUUAACCUCAGUGUCGACUACAUCGUCAUCUUCUUCAGCAGCUUCACCAGCCCCAGAUAUCAAGUUGCCUCCAGAUCCACCUCCUCAAACCAGACAGGAUAGAAAAAACGAUGCAUCUCCCAAAUGUGCUCUUUCAAAGACUAGUUUUGCUGUGGUUCUACAGUCACCCCAGCUUGUACCCAAAAGUCCACUGACAUCUGUUAAAGUCAAAUCCGAGAGCAGUGCAAGUAAACAUUCUCAGCAAGAAACAUUAAAAUCGGUUAAGAAUUCCGGCUCAGGAAACAGUUUGAAAAUUUCAGAUGCUCGCUCCAAAGAUGAUGACCAUGUAAAAACACAAAACGGUGGGGUGGAAGAUAGAAAAAGGUGCAGUUCUCAAUGCCAGGAGCCGUGUGCAGUCAAAAUUCAAAUCAAGGAUGAGGAUCAUAAGACUUGUAUAGUCCCAGAAGGGUGGAGUAAGGAGUCCAAAAUGACAUCAACUAAAGAUAAAACGGCACAAAUCAUAGCAGUUUCGAAAGAGGACGCCAAAUGCGCUAUGCCAAGUGAGACUUGCAGUACUGCAGAGGUCAACUACAGAGGUCAAAUGCUCCCCAACAAGUCAAAUCAGGAUUCCGUUGCCAAAGCUGCGCAAGUUCAGUCAGCAAACAUGCUUAAAGAAAAGAUAAAAGUCAAAAAUAUUACCGAUGCAGUUAGUCAGAAGAUCACCAAGCCGGUACCUGAUGUUUGCAAGAAGGAGGUUGUUACUGCAACCAAAAAACAACCACCUCAACCAUCAGGUACUAGUUCUACUGCAAAACAAGGCCUGUCGAGUUCCAAGAACAAAUCCAAGCUAGAAACCCCUUCUGUUUCACAUCAGAGUGGGAAAGCGACUGAAGAAAGAGGGGCGCAUGACAACAAAGCGCCAUUGCGGCUCAUCAAAGACAAUGCCGAUCUUAAACCAAAGGAUGAGCGAGAGUCCCCACUUCCUCCAUCUAAAUCUCAACCCCAUAGAGAGAACUUGCCCCAGACAGGCUCUCAAAUCGGUCCUGUAAUCGUACCUAGCGUUAAGGUUCACACACCAAGCGGAUCUCCUACUGGAAAGGGUACCGGCGCUAUGGCGGAGACCUCAAAGCCAACUGACUCCUCGCAAAAAGUGAACCGUAAAGACUCGCCAAAAUCUAUAGCACCGGCGAAGGAAGGUGCGGUGCCUGAAAAGGAUUCACCUCGCGUCAAGCAGUCCAAAGAACUGCCCCGAGGUUCGAAUAAUAAAAAGUGACUGUGGGGAUAUCGAAGGUUGCCAAGUCACCUUUACCAAGAAAGACUGUAAGGCAAUCCUUUUAUUUGAUUUUUUUUUUUUUUUAAGUUUUCAUGCAUUGUAUUAUAGCACCUUCCAUUUCCGAGGACCGAUGAAGCUGUUACUUCAGUGUUUCAUGGAGGGGGCGAAAGCUUGCGCGUAUGCUGUGGUAUGUUUUGAAAGAAUUCUCGUUUUGAAUGUACCUGAUUUUGCUGCUGAUUGUCGUUUUUGUAGUUUUGUGCACCGCGAGAAAAAAGAGGUAGUGCGGUGCACAGUGUGCAAUCCAUGUGACCUCGAGGGAUUGGAUGCCUCCGAGUCGUAAAAAAGGAACCGUGCCAAUUCUGAUUGUACCAAACAAGAACUCGUGUUGUUUAAGUGUCGUCGGACUUUCGAAUUUUCAUAUAAUAACGAUCCGUACGAAGGUCGAAGUGAAUUACAAUGGUUUUGCUCAUACUUAAAAGCCACUGAUGAAGUAUUUGUAGCAAUGCUGCUGAUCUCUCAGCACACACACAGUUCAUGUGGGGGGGAGGGAGGGGGAGUCAUGGGGACAUUUGACGCUGACGUCGUUUACCACUUCAUCGUCGUUAUUCUCGUUCUCGUUUCGCUUUGACCUGCUUAAAGGGCGAAGUGUGUUUUGGGCCGAGGGAACGCACGCUUUAUCCCGUGCUUCUCACCUAGAACUAUUUUAUAAUGGAAUCAUCUUAGGGUUCUGGUUUCAUAUAUAGUGGAAGGGGCCUUAGAGUAUUUUUUUCGGGCUGCCCAGCUUGCUGUUCUUAGCAGGUUGUGUCGAAAUUCACAUUCCUUUCACAUGCAUUUACUGAAAGACUCAUUUUUAUGCAACUGUACUGUACAUAAAGCAAUGUGUCGUUGGACAAACGCUAAGAACUACGAUUCUGAAUAUGAGUGUCGUGUGUUUUAUAUGUAUAUAUUUUGCUAUGUCAUAAAUGUUUGUAUACUGUAACGUUGGUUGCUCAGCGAAUAUUUUCACAACGCCACCCGAAAUAAGCUAGUGGGGAAAGAUCGAGGGGAAAAACGAGACCGCGAGAUCCCUGGCCUCUGAUGUGAUCUAUACUUGAAAUUCCACAGGCACUAAAAGCAGUAAUCGCACUCGUACAGGCAAUCGUGUUUAAAAAAAAAAAACAAACACUUCAGAUAUCCUUGGAGUGUUGCGACUUAAACGAAAGAUAGAACAAUGGAAUGUUAACUAGUGCAAAAGCUCUAUUUUUAUUUCAAACGAAAAGAAGGUGAAUGUUUAAAAGUUUGCAUCCCCUGUGUAUGAUCAUUCUGAUAUUAUAUUUUUUUUCUCACAUUUCUCUCAUAAAAGGAUUUUAGGGCUAUUGUUUCCCCCAUGUGGCCGCCUACUAAUGUAAAACCCAGAUUGCAAAGGAAACGCUGGCCAUGUUUCUUCACAGUCAGGGUGCACUUUUUUCCCAGUCAUGACCUUCAGCUAGUGUUCCUGUGUCUCGUCUCGUUUAUUGACUCGGUCAGUCAAGUACAAUGUAUAAUACUUAUAAGAGUAGGACAUGUAAUAAUAAUCUGGUGUUUUCUCUUCUUUAGUUUUUUAGUUUUUUUUUUUCUUGCACUGUCCGUUAGCUGUAACCUUUAAACAAGAGACGGAAAUCUGUCCAAAAUCGUUAGUUUCAAAGACAAUGUGACUGUAAAUGUGUGUAUCGUCUCUGAAGUCUUCAUCCAGUCAGUUUGUGAAACUUCCAAGUACACGUUAAUGACACGUGACAUUUAAUAAGAUGCUAUUUGAUCAUUUUGCAAGUGUGUGUGUGUGUGUGUGUGUGUGUGUGUGUGUGUGUGUGUGUGUGUGUGUGUGUGUGUGAAAUGACUACAGUAAUGAGUCCUUUAUGUCAUAUAAACUUAACUGACAAGAUAUUUUUAGUGCUAUUCUAUUAAAGUAAUAUUCUAGUUAUCUGUAGAUCGCAAGGACUAUACAAAGCUUAGGAACUGAACGUGAGUCAAUACACAAUGAGUCAAACGAGUCAGAGGAAAAUCUAAAGAGAUUCACGUUCUGAAAAUUGAAUGAAUUUGAGAGAUUUUAGGCGGGGUUAGCUCACGAAGCUUGGCAAACGUCAUGUCUGUAGCACGAGGAGACAAAACGCACCUUAUCGUUAAUGUUACUUUGCAAAUGAUAAAGAACGAAUGAAAGACAGGACCGUUACAGGAACGCGAACGUGGUCAAACUGUUUCUAUUAAAUGUUUAGUCGAUGGAUUGUCUUUCGAUCCCCAUACCUUUUUUUUUUGUUUGUUUGUUUGUUUGUUUGGUUUGGAGAUGACUGAUGUAAAACCAUUAAGCACAUUUCUUUGUUUACAGCGAAUUCCUGGAUGUAUAUUUUGAAUAUUGUGUUAAGAGCGAAUUCAUUUGCCAAACGUGUUUCCACGUGGCAGGACAUGUGUCCUGUAGGGUUUCGCAUGGCGUCAUUCACCAGCAGGUCGUUCAAGUCGAAGACUGGGGUGUUUGUCUGAUCUAUCUGUCGUGAUUCUGUCGCCCGGCCCUGGCGUAUUUUUCUGAUACGUUUUCUUUUCUUUCUUUUUUUUUUCUGUCUCUCAUUGUGUGAAGCUAGUGUUUGUGUAAACGGCCCUGCUUCAGUCGUCUUCUCAUCGUCGUCCGUCUUUAGAAUCUGUGCAAUAAGAUACGUGGUUUUGAGUUUUGUAUUUCACCCAAUGGAAGCUCUAUGGAUGUCAUAGAUGUUGUAUUCUAUACAAAAUAUUUAUACUUCUAAAAAAAAAUUGUAUAAUUCUGAAAAUAAACAGGCAUGACAUUA